AUGGAUGUGCCCUGGGGCCUGGGGUUGCUUCUUCUCCUCCUGGGGAUCCCCGUCGCCCAGGCUGAGCCACUGUACAUCCUGGUGACCCCCCGGGUCCUGCGGAUCGGCAGCCCAGAGACCAUCCAUGUGGAGGCUCAUUCUGACUCCAGUGAGCCCCUCAGCCAUCCCCUUGAGGUGAAUCUCAGCGUGUGGGAUUUCCCCAUGAAGAAUACUCUGGUGGCCAGGAGAAAGCUCGUUCUCUCACAGGAAAACCACUUUAUGGACCAGGCCUCAGUGACGAUUCCCGAGGACCUGGUCUACCCCCCAAAACCCGGGACGCAGUAUGUCAUCAUCAAGGCCACCUGGGCACCCACCUCAGUCUCCUCAUCCAUGGAGAAACUGGUGUUGGUGGCUCCCCACGCUGGAUACAUCUUCAUCCAGACGGACAAGACCAUCUACACUCCCGAGCAAUCAGUUCAAUACCGGGUGUACACCGUGAACCACAGGAUGGAUCCUGUGCCAAGGACUUUCACUCUGGACAUCAAGAACCCGGAGGGGAUUGCUGUGAUCAGCAAGGAUCUCCUGCCCGAUAACGGUGUCUACAUAAAUUCCUUCACCCUCCCAGAGCGUAUCAGCAUUGGGACCUGGACCAUUGAAGCCAGUUACCAAACUGCUCCCAAGCAGAAGUUCAAGACAGGCUUUGAAGUGAAGGAGUACGUGCUCCCAUCUUUUGAGGUCCAGCUGACACCCAACAAGACUUUCUUCUACCUCAGGGAUGAGGUUCUGGGUGUGAAUAUCCAGGCCCGGUAUAUAUUCAACAAGCCAGUGGAUGGACAUGCUCUGGCCAUCUUCGGGGUGAAGCAGGACUCCCGUCGGAUCCCCAUCCAAAGCUCCCUGCAGAGGGUGGAGAUCGCUCAAGGCCACGGCCACAUCUCCCUCCAGAAGGACGCACUGAUGGCUGCCUUCCAAGGCUCAGAAGAGGACUUCAUUGGGGCCUCAAUCUUCGUCAACGUCACUGUCUUCUCCUCAGGGGGUGAGAUGGUCCAGGCCGAGAUCUGUGGGGUGAAGAUUGUUCGGAGCCCGUACAACAUCAAGUUCAUCAAGACACCCCAGUAUUUCAAGCCGGGGAUGCCAUUCCGCUUUAGGGUCUUCGUCUCAAAUCCCGAUGGGUCCCCAGCCUCCAAAGUCCUCGUCAGCUGCAGGGAUGAGAAAGUACAAACCACACUAAGCGGUGAGGCUACUCUGGUCAUCAACACAGAUGCCAGUCUGAAGGAGCUCACUAUCCGGGUGAAAACUGAAGCACCAAUCCAGCCAGAGGAGCAGGCUUCAGCCAGUAUGACAGCGCGGCCUUACUCAACUCAAGAUGAGUCAGGGAACUUCCUGCACAUUGAAGUGAAGACACUGAGCACAGAAGUUGGCAGCAACCUCCAGCUGAGCCUCAACACGAAUCUUCGAGAUUCUUCUGUCAAUAAAAAGAUCACUCGCUUCACCAUCCUGGUCUUGAGUAAGGGUCAGAUUGUGCACGCCAAAGAAGUAAAAAAUCAUGGGAGUGUCUUAGCAUCCACCAUUAUUGAUGUGACUUCCAAGAUGCUGCCCUCCUUCCGCAUUCUCGCCUUUUAUUUACUGCCCAAGGGGACAGGACAGGACCCUGAACUGGUGGCUGAUUCCGUUUUGAUCGAUGUGAAUGACAAAUGCCAGGAGAAGCUGAAGAUUGGCUUGAAGCAUGAAGCAUACGUCCAGCCUAUACAACCCAGCAGCCGGGUGGCAUUGAAGAUCACAGGUGAUGCAGAGGCCACAGUGGGGCUAGUAGCUGUGGACAAGGCUGUCCACAUCUUGAACAGCAAGCACAAGUUCACACAGAAGAAGAUCUGGGAUACAGUAGAGGAACAUGACGUUGGCUGCACAGCAGGCAGUGGGCAAGACAGACUUGCCGUGUUCAAGGAUGCUGGAUUGGACAUGAAGAUGAGCACAGGGAUGGACACUUUGGCGAGCACAGACUGGCACUGCCCCCCAAGCCCCUCUCCCAGCCAUCGCCGCCGCCGCUCCUUGAAGAGGUUGGAGACCAAGAGGAAAGCAGUGAACAAGUUCAAGACAGAGCUGGAGCAGAAGUGCUGUGAGGCUGGGCUUCGGGAGAACCCAGUGGGACUGUCGUGUGAGGAGAGGAUCCCGCAUGUCCGCUAUGGACCAGUCUGCCUCGCUGCCUUCCUGAGCUGCUGCCAGCUGUCUGAGACCCUGACUCGGGAGGCCCGAGAGGAGCAGCUGCUUCUGGGGACAACGGAUGAAGAUGAUGACUUAGAUGACCUCUUCCUGGAGGACGAGCCUGUCCGGAGCUUGUUCCCUGAAAGUUGGUUCUGGAAGACCAUUACUCUGCCAAAAACCACAGCGAGCAUCUCCCAGUACACCACCGAUGUGACCGUGCCUGAUUCCAUCACCACAUGGCAGUUCGUGGCUGUCAGCAUCAAGACUGGACAAGGUCUUUGCGUCUCAGAUCCCUUUGAGCUGACAGUUAUGAAACCCUUCUUUGUGGAUCUUAAGUUGCCCUUCUCCGUGAUCAGGAACGAGCAAGUCCAGAUCCAAGCUGUGCUGUACAAUUUCUUGCAGCAGUCAAUCAAGGUCCGAGUAGAGUUCCCUCACAAGGAGCCAUUAUGCAGCGCAGCAAAGCCAGAUGCCCCUUCCCGCCGGAUAGUGGCUGUGCCCCCCUUCUCCUCCAAGGUGGUGCCCUUCGUGCUCCUUCCACUUGAAAUAGGCAAAGUGGAUGUGGAGGUCAAGGCCAGAGGCUCCAUGGUCCAGGACCACGUGCGGAAGACACUCCUGGUCCAGGCAGGGGGUCAGACUGAGCAAAUAUCCCAAAGCUUCCUCCUGAACCCCCAAGGUCAGACCCAGAUGCAGCGGGUGCCAAAACAAGAAUUCUUGAACAAGAUGCCCAACACAGAGGCGGACGUGUUUGUCAGUGUCCAAGGUGACAUCCUUGGCGAGACCAUCCUGGGGACCCUGACACCCAGUGAAACAUGGCGGCUGCUGAGGAUCCCGUCUGGCUGCCCCGAGCAGACGCUGAGCUCCCUGACACCCGUGGUCAUCCUGACACGUUACCUGGAUACCACGGGCCAGUGGAACAAGGUUGGGGUGGAGCUCAGGGAGAAGGUGAUGAAGAACCUUGCCAGAGGGUACAGCCAGAUGUUGACCCACCGGAGUGAAGAUGGCAGCUACCACACCAGCAAGGGAAACCCAGGAAGCACCUGGCUCACGAGCUAUGUAUUCAGGGUCUAUGCCUUGGCCUACCGCACCAUGACGAUCAGGGCGCUCAGUCUUGAUUCUGUCUGCAACAUCGCCAACUGGAUCAUCACCCACAGACAGCAGACACGUGGAAACUUUAUGGAGGAGAGCCCUGUGGUCAUGUGGUCUAUGCAGGGUGGCUACCAAGGCUCUGAGGCAGACAUAUCACUCACAGCUCUUGUCCUGAUCGCCCUGAAUGAGGGGAAGGAGUUGUGCAGCCAGAAGAUACCGAGUUUGGCUGACAGCAUGAAGCGUGCCGGUGACUUCCUGGAGAAAAAACUCCCCCACAUUCGGACAGCUUUCGCCAUGGCCAUAACCUCCUAUGCUCUGGCCCUCAUCAGGAGCCCCCGAGCCAAUGACCACCUGGACAGCUUUGCCAGCAAGGACAAAACCCAUUGGCCAGUGGGUUUGGAUGACCUGGACCUAGACGACUCCCUGUACACCAUUGAGGCCACGGCCUAUGCACUGAUGCAGAAAUUGGAGCUGGGUCGGCGCAAUGAAACGCAUGCCAUCGCCAACUGGCUAUUGAAGAAACGCCAGCUGGGAGGAGGCUUCCGGUCCACCCAGACCACGGUCGUGGCCAUCGAAGCCCUCACCCGCUUUCGCGAGGCUGUCCCCUUCGAUGGUGUCCAGGAUCUCCACAUCCAGAUCAAAAGUUCCAAGAAAGCCUUGCAUGUGGAAUGGGACAUUGAUGAAAAGAAUGCCUACCAGCUACGGUCUGCAAAGUUCUCUGCUGAGGAAGAGCUAGAGAUCAGAGCCAGCGGCACUGGAAGAGGCACCAUCUCGAUCCUGACCGUGUACCACAGGUCCCCAGAGUUCCUGGAGGACACAUGCAAGCAGUACCACCUGAAUGUGACUCUAAACGAGGCCCAGGAAGAGAAUAAAAAGGGGGAAGCAACCUUUCAGCUCCGGAUGGAGACAAGGUUCCGGGGUCGUCGAGAUGCCACGAUGACCAUCAUGGAGGUCUCCCUGCUCACUGGCUUCUACCCCAACCAGGAUGACCUCAAACAGCUCACGAACGAGGUGGAGAGGUACGCCUUCCAAUACGAGACCAAGAUGAACUCCAGCGACAGCACCGUUGUCCUCUACCUGGAGAAGCUCUCCCACAAAGAAGACACGGUGCUCGGCUUCCGGGUCCACAGGCUGCUGAAGGCUGAGUUCCUGCAGGCUGCCCAGGUCACAGUCUACGACUACUACGAGCCUUCCCGAAGGUGCACUUCCUUCUACAACCUGCCCACAGAGCACGCUUCCCUGCGGAAAAUCUGCGACAAAGACGUGUGCAGAUGCGCCGAGGAGCAGUGCCCAUCCCCAAAGAAGGACAGUAACCACCUGAGUCAGGAGGAGCUCCAGACAGCAGCCUGUGAGGCUGGAGUGGACUUUGUGUACAAGACCAGUCUGGAGUCUGUGGAGACCUCCGACUCCAACCCCUACAUCUACUACAACAUGAAGCUCCAAGCCAUCAUCAAGAGUGGCACGGACUCUGCCAGACCCCUCACCGUAAAGAAAUUCGUCACUCACACCACCUGCCGAGACUCCCUGGGGCUGCAGGAACAUGAGACAUAUCUGAUAAUGGGCCAGAUUUCAGACCUGUGGAGAGUCAAAUCUGAAUACAUCCAUGUCCUGGGCAAGGAGACGUUUCUCAUGCACUGGCCAGCGAAUGGGACGGUGGGCAAGAAGGAACUGCUGGACCAACUGGCAGGGUUUUCAGACUAUAUGCACACCCAUGGCUGCGAGUCCUGA